GGCUUGCGGGAAAGAUGGAGUGUUCUACGCCUGGUACUACGGAGGCUGCGGACCCUGGAGGGGCCGGACCGUACAAGAGCUCCGAGGAGCAAGAGGGUCGGGAACCGGACGGAGUGCACUUCGACCGCGAGAGGGCGCGCCGCCUGUUGGAAGCGGUGUCCGGUGCUCAGCCGGCAGGGAGGGAGGAAGUGGAGCACAUGAUCCAGAAGAACCAGUGUCUCUUCACCAGCACCCAGUGUAAAGUUUGCUGUGCCAUGCUGAUUUCUGAGUCCCAGAAGCUGUCACAUUACCAGAGCAAAAAACAUGCCAACAAAGUGAAGAGCUACCUAGCAAUCCAUGGAAUGGAGACACUAAAAGGGGACGUGAAGAGGUUAGACUCAGAUCAGAAGAGCAGCAGAAGCAAAGACAAGAACCACUGCUGCCCCAUCUGUAACAUGACCUUUUCCUCCCCUGUUGUGGCACAGUCGCACUACCUGGGGAAGACCCACGCAAAGAACUUAAAGCUGAAGCAGCAGUCCACUAAGGGGGCAGCUCUGUCGAAACACCUUACAAAUCCUUUCCUUGUGGCCUCCACCUUAGCCUUGCACCAGAAUAGAGAGAUGCUAGACCCAGACAAGUUCUGCAGCCUCUGCCAUUCAACCUUCAACAACCCUGUCAUGGCUCAACAACAUUAUAUGGGCAAGAAACACAGGAAGCAGGAGACUAAGCUCAGACUCAUGGCGCACUAUGGGCGACUGGCAGACCCUGCUGUCUCUGACUUACCAGCCGGGAAGGGCUAUCCCUGUAAGACGUGUAAGAUAGUGCUGAACUCCAUAGAACAGUACCAAGCUCACGUCAGUGGCUUCAAACACAAGAACCAGUCACCCAAAACAGUGGUGUCACCUAUGAGCCAGAUGCCAGAGCAAACGCAGCCCACUCCAAAGGACUUGAGUGUGGUGGAAGACUAGAGAUGUCUCUGCCUAGUCAGCCACAAGCCAGUUCCCAGUGAUUGUGAAGCCCUUGGCUCCCUCUUCCUCCUUUCUGAUAUCAGAAGAAUAUGGAGGCAUGAGGCCAAAUUGGGUUGCAGACAGCCUCUGACUGGGCCUGGAUGGAGCUCCCCCUGGCCUC